ACGAUGACCCAUUUCGCGGCAACGGCAACUUUGGUGACGAUGACCCAUUUAACGACGAUCCCAAUUUCGGGGAUGACGACCCAGCUACACCUGAUGGCGGUGAUCCAGCUGUUCCAAAUGGUACACCGGAUGGGGCGGGUGGUGAUCCACCAAACAACCCAACAGAUGACGAUCCAAAUGCUCCAACAGAUGAUGGCAACCCUGAUGAUCCAAACUUCCCAACCGAUGAUGGCAACCCUGAUGAUCCAAACUUCCCAACCGAUGAUGGCACUCCAACAGAUGAUCCAAACUUCCCAACCGAUGAUGGCAACCCUGAUGAUCCAAACUUCCCAACCGAUGAUGGCACUCCAACAGAUGAUGAUCCAAACACUUUCGGAGACGAUGGCGGUGGUUUCGACGACGAUGUCCCUCUAUAA